UCUCACUCUCUCUCAGUCUCAAAUUUCUCCAGCACAGUAGCAAAAAAUUAAAAAACCAUGCAGGCAGUGGCAAAGCUGAGCAAGAAUCUCCCCCGCCCUCUCUUCCUCCUCCUCGCUCCCAGAACCUUAACCACCCUCACUUCUUCUUCUUCUUUAUCACACUCGCUAUCCUCACAGGGCUGUGACUCCGCCAUCAUGCAGACCACAAACACGUGUCUCACCGGAAGAACUCUACUUCGUUCUCCCUGGUCCGCCAUUCAAUACCGCGGAGCCGUCGUCCAGGGCGCUGAUGUAAAACCUGGAAAUAUCAUUGAAAGGAAUGAUCGUAUUUAUCAGGUGUUAAAGGCGGAGCAUUCACAUGAAGGACGGGGAAAAGCGGUUGUUAAGGUGGAGGUUCGUGACCUUGACUCGGGGAACAAGACAUCCCUACGAUUGUCCACGGAUGAGCAACUCGAUAAGGUAUUUGUUGAAUCAAAAACUUACGUUUACAUGUGCACAGACCGUGAUGGCAUAGUAUGUUUGAUAGACCCUGAUACACUUGAUCAACUCGAUGUGCCGGAGGACUUGUUUGCAAAGAAGGCUAAAUACCUACAAGAGGAAAUGAAAGUGACAGUGGAGCUGUAUAAUGAUAAACCUCUAUCCGUUAAAGUUCCAAAACACGUGACGUGCGUUGUCAAGGAAGCACAAACUCCUGUGAGGGGGACUGCACAAGCACCUAAGGAAAUAUUAGCUGUGAUGGAACAGGGCUUCACUGUCAAAGUACCACCUCACAUCGUAGAAGGUGAAGCUGUGGUUGUUGACACAGGUGACGACUCUUAUGUUAAAAGGUAAUUUUAUGGUUAUCUCUGUGUGACAUGUUUCACAUCCUUGUAAGUUUCUGUUUUCUUGCACGGUUAAAUAUAAGAUGAACUUUUAUAAAAUAUUUAUAGACCAGAUGCGUCUUCAUACUCAACCGCCAGCGGCUAGCUCUGACGGGCUCCCAGUUUCCUGGGCUCUGCUCGCUCGGAAAUGUGGUGGUUGGGGCAACUAUAUCAUACAAGAUAGGCUGAUGAUUGAGAUGUUGAAGUUAAUGCCUGUACAAUCGUAACUCUCCUCGCGCACUGUGAAGCGUUUUUGGAUUUUGCAGCAAGUCUGUUCCCUUAUUUCGUUUCUUUUUUCGUUUUGGUAUCAGGGCCAAGCCAUAAUGCUUAAUAUCAUUGUUUCGAUUGGAUGGAGAGGUGGAGAUUCAAUUGCUCAGCUCCACGAUGACUGAUUUCUUACCAUCUUGACGUAUAGCUGAUUCAAAGUGAUGUACAUUUACUCGCACAACAAGUUUGGCAGCGGAGAUGAUACCGCUCUUUAGGCAGGAUGAUAGUUUUGCUCUUUGACUUGCUGAACAAUUGUUUUUCUUGGUGCAGUUUAGUUUAU